AUGCAGGGUUAUUCCUUUGCUCCGCCAUCGGGGCCUCGGGAGGGCCAGAAGAACUAUGUCUUCGUGGACGAACAUAAUCGGCAUAAGCGACUGAAAGUGAUGCGCGCAUGCAAUGGCUGUCGGAAGCGAAAGAUCAAGUGCGAUGCUGCGACCACAAAUACCUGGCCAUGCUCGGCAUGCACUCGACUGAAACUGGUCUGUGUCCCUCCAGCGAUUGGGCAAGAAGGGGAUUUCGUCUCGGAUGGGCUCAUGGAGUCGGCUCAGGAUGCGGGAGGCUCCUCCAGCGGGCCUGAGACCUCGCAUCAUGCAUUUCCCGUACCGCCCACUUACAGAGACAGUAAUCCGCCCACUAUUGGAACGAUGCCCUCCUACGAUGGAAUGGGCAUGUACUCUCAGUUUGUCCCGGGCCCCGCGAAUCAACCGGGGAUUUAUAAUGACGGGCGAUCACCUGCUAUGGUUUUGCCGCACCAAUCCUAUCAGCAGCCUCCAAUGUAUCCAGGAUCCCAACCGCCCUCUUUGGCAACUACAGACCGUGGGGUUUACGCCGACAAUGAUUCAUCUACGGCCGAACACCUGAGCGAUGUCCUUGGCGAGCUCAAGAUUGACGAAACGGGGAUCGCCCCAUAUAUCAGGAGGCAAAGAAAAGAUCGUGUCGAGCCUGAUGCGCCUGUCCAGGACGAGGUCGAAGAAAGACUGCCUCCUCUCAGCACAGGCGCAGGGGCGACGAUCCGAAUCCCCCCCGAACUAAUGCCGUCAGACGAAGACGUGAUGAAUUACUUUAAAAUCUACUUCGAUGAAAUUCACCCCUAUGUCCCCGUUUUACCUCGUGCUCAUUUAUAUUAUCAAUGGCAAAAUGACCGCGGCUCCAUUUCUCCACUUUUGCUGGAAGCGCUGUUCGCCUGCGCUGGGCGAUUAUCUGACGAGCCCUCGGAAGGCGCGCAAUGGCUCGCUUUGGCAAACCGUGAGUUUUCCUUCAAUUGUGAUCUCCAAGAAAAAGUUGGGUUGUUUUCGCUCACCUCAUUUCUGCCAGGACACGAAUCGAGUUUUAUGGAUGUUCCCCGGCUGAGCACGAUUCAAGCCAUGCUUUUACUACUCAAAGCAAGAGAAUCAUUACCUAAGAAAGGGUAUUACUAUCGGUCGUGGCAAACGGUCAAAACAAUUGUGUCGAUGGCCAAAGACUUGGAUAUUCAUGAACAUUAUAGCACUCAUGCGGAAGGGCGGCCUUGUGAUCUUAGCCCCAUCGAAUGCCUGGUGAAUACCCGGGUAUGGCAAGCUCUUUUAGUAGUCGAGGUGAUGAUUGGGGCACCCCAAGGGCGUUCUGACUACGGUGUUGAUCCCGAAUCUGUGGAUAUGCGUCCCACGUUGGAUAUUAGGGGUCUUGACCAAUAUGAGACCGAACGGUCAAGACAAUAUGCGUACUUUGUCCGCAACGCGCACCAUAUCCGUAUCAUCACAGACAUAUACCAUAAAGUCAAGAAGCAGAGAGACUGGGGAGCUGAUCCUCGAUGGCUCCCCCCGUGGCUCCCUUCCCAUUUUGUGGGAAACAUGCAUUCCCACUGCCACCUUGCCAUCAUCCUACUGCAUCGUCCUCAGCUUUUAGCCUCUCAGUCUUUCGCAGCAGGCGGGGACUGGAAGAUUCAUUUUUCCCUGUGUUACUCAUCUGCCAAGAGCAUCUGUCGAUUACAAGAAGCUGUUCUCGAACGGUUUGGGCUGUCUGGAAUGCUUUAUAUGCAGCGUGGAAUUAACUUCGCGAUUUAUUGUGUUCUCACCUGCACGAUGCUCCAUUUGAUUGCGAUCACGUCCCCCGACCCAGAAUUCAAUUCGGAUGCGCGGGAGUAUUUCACGCGACACAUGCGUAUUUUGGAGCGGUGCUCUGCCGCUUGGCCUAUGUCAGAGAUUCAAGCGCAAAUCGACUCCUUGAAAUUGGCUUUCUCAGCUGACAUCCACCGACCUUUUGAACUGAAACCAAGUUUUCCAUACGGCAGCCCCUCCGAGCCCUACCAGCCCAGUCCACCUAUGGAUGCGCAUUAUCAUCCGCAUAUGAGCCACUUGUCAGGCAAUGUCCAAUCCAGAGUAGGGUUACAAGCACCUCCAAUAACCCCUCCGAUUUCUGCUGGUGCUGAAGAAUCCAAGUCCGACACAUCCUCCCAGUUGCAAUCCCUUGGAAUGGUUCCCCAUCAACCGCCUACCACUCACCCGCUUGACACGCCGUUGGUUGAUGAGAAUAGUUGGGAUCCUACCCGCAUCAUCAAUCAAUGGGAUAUGGCAUUUUCUGUCAAUCCUUCUACAGUCAGCACGAAUUCGCCGCCGAUGCCCAUGAACAACACGACCCAGCCCUUAUCAAACAUAGCCAGUCACCAGUACUCGAUUCAGUAUGACUCGCCCUCGAAAUCGACGGUGCCGCAGUCCCAAUCUGUUUCUCCGCCUCAGUUUCAGACGGCACCAGUCGUGUUUAGUGCCCGCGACUGGCAGCAGAGCGUAGCGAGCGUGUACGAUCCCCAGGGAUUAAAGCGAAGAUGGAAUUACUCGGUCGACCUUGGUUCUGACAUGGCAAAACGCGCCCGAGGAUGA